GGCUCUGCUGUGGCAUCGCGACUGCUAGAUAGGCACCUGGUUUGGCUAUGUGCCUGUGGAAACCGACCCCGGCUAUGUCCGGGCGAUGAGGUUGUUCGGCCUCAGACUGUGGAGGGGCUCAGCCCCUUACGGCCCCUUUCUCCGUGACCGGGGAAGCACACCACUUUGGGGACUGCCAGCCAGUCCGCCCGAAAGCAGCCCGACGGAAUCAGCUAUUUACUGAGAGCCUUGGCGACACUAUAGCUUAUAUGACUAUGCUUGGGGAUCCACUCAUCUAACACACUGGCGAAUGUUGCAUACGGCCUGCAUGGCGCCGGUUAGGGCCCAACCCGACUUAAGUAACGUGGGCACCCGAUUCGCACAUAUAGGUAGGUGUUCCACACUGGGCGUCUGAUUGCGAACAGUCGAGACUACUCUAACCUGUCCUUUCGCUGUUUCGGCUGGCUUGCAUUUGCGUUGCUGUGUCCCGGCGUGCCCGGGCGUAGCCUGACAACCUGGCGCGCCAGGCGCUCGAGGCGCUCAAGAAACUCGACGCCCAAUUAGCGGCCGAGAGCUCUGGUAGCGACUGGGAGGGGGACAUGGGAGCCGAUAACUCGAAAUACGCCGAUGGCGAGGGCGGACAGGUGGCUUAUAUCGCCCAGCGGACCCAGGUUGGGCGUGCAAAGGCCAUUACAGCCAAUAAGGUGCUGGGCGGUGCCACCAAGCUCGAUAUCAAGUUGCCACCGAAAGCUUCCCGCGCUGACGCCACGGACUAUGAGUUCAUCAAGAGCUCGCUGGUGAACCUGCUGCUGUUCAGCCGGCUGGACCGUAUCACCGCGAACCGCAUUGUGGCGGAAAUGUAUGCCCUGCCGGUGCAAGCGGGCGAAAUCCUCAUUCAGCAGGGUGACUCGGGCGAUGCAGCAACCAAGCUUUUUGUUGUGCGGAGUGGCAAGUUCGAGGUGCUGGAGCGCCGGAAGGAUGUGAUGUUUAAGGUCAACACCAAGGAGCGCGGUGACGUGUUCGGCGAGAUCAGUCUGAUGUACGACUGCCCACGCUCCGCCACCGUGGCGGCCACAACGGACGCCAGCGUCUGGGUGCUGGAGCGCGACGUCUUCCGGCAUUUUGUGCAGGCGUCCGUGGAAGACGAGAAGGGUCAAAUCCAGCUCUUCCUGAACAGCGUGCCGCUGCUGUCCUCGCUGCGGCCAGAUGAGAAGAUGCUGCUGGUGGAUGCGUUUCAAGAGGAGGCGUUUGUGGCGGGCGCGCGUGUGAUCAUGGAGGGCGACGUGGGCGACAAGUUCUACAUCAUCAAAGAGGGCGAGGCGCAGGUGAUCCAGGGCGACAGAGAGGUGAACCGACUAUUCCGCUCGGACUUUUUCGGCGAGCAGGCGCUGCUGCAGGAUGAGCCCCGGAAAGCCACCGUACGCGCGCUGACGCCGCUGGUGUGCUUGACGCUAGACCGCCGCACCUUCGUGGCGGUGUUGGGGCCGCUGCAGGACAUCAUGGCGAAGGAGAAGAGCCCCGAGGUGGUGAACCAGCGUAUGGCCAAGUUGAAACCCCAGGGCAGCGCCGCGCACCGGCGGCCGGUUGCGGAGGUGAUCAUCAAGUAUGAUGCCGCGCGACGGUCCAUUGUGUGCGAUGGCCACUUGGACGAGGUGGUGGAGCUGCGCCGUGGCGGCCAGAAGAUGGCGGCCGAGCUGCGUGACGCGGAAAGGAAGCUGGUGCUUGUGGAGGGCGAGCUGCUGGGCGAGGGUGCGUUCAGCCGCGUCUGCAAGGUGACAGAGGAGACCACCGGCCGCGUGUUCGCGCUGAAGCGCAUGGCCAAGUCUGCGGCGCUGCAGUGCCCGGAGCACGUGUUCUGCGAGCAGCACAUCACGCGCAACAUUGCGCACCCGUUCUGUCUGCGCCAGUACGCCUCGUUCCAGGAUAAGGCCAACCUGUACAUGCUGUUCGACCUGAUGCCCGGCGGCGAUCUCAUGGAUGUGCUGGUGGCGGAGGCCAAGGUGAUCAAGUACCCAGUGGCAGACAAGAACUCGCUGCGCAAGGGCUGCCUGGCGCCCAAGAUGAAGAUGUGGCAGGGCAUGGAGGAGCCCAUGUCCAAGUUCUACAUCGCCUCCAUCGUGCUGGCGCUCGAGUACCUGCACGACAACUCCAUUGCCUUCCGUGACCUCAAGCCCGAGAACGUGCUCAUCGACGGCCAGGGCUACGUCAAGCUGGGCGACUUCGGCUUCGCCAAGCAGGUCGACCUGGGUGGCCGCACCUACACCUUCUGUGGCACGCCCGGCUACGUUGCCCCCGAGAACGUUAUGGGGAGAGGCUACAACCACUCCGUGGACUGGUGGACGCUGGGUGUGCUCAUGUACGUGCUGCUCACGGCGCGGCAGCCGUUCACGUCGCCCAAGACGCAGGACCCCAUGGAGGUCAUGCGCCGCAUCGUGGACGACCGCUGGCCCAUCAAGUACCCGCCCUACAUGUCCGACGAGGCGCGCGACCUCAUCUCGCACCUGCUGGAGCGCAAGCCCGUGAAGCGCAUCGGCAUGCUGCAGGGCAAGGCCCGCGACAUCAAGAUGCACCCCUGGUUCGCGGGCUUUGACUGGGACGCGCUGGCAGCGCGCCGCAUGGACCCGCCGCGCAAGCCCAAGGAGGCGGACAGCGCCAAGCGCAAGACGGAGCUGGCGGAGGCGCACCGCGCCGAGCCGCGCGAGCUGCAAACCAUCUCGCCGCAGGAGGCGGCCGAGUGGGACCGCGUGUUCAAGGACUUUUAAGCGGGCCGCACCACUGCCCGCAGCGGGCAGACCGGCGCAGCAGGCGGCGCAGAUGGCGCAGCAUACGCCGCGGCCUCGGUUCGCGGUGGGGGCCGCGCGGAUUCUUGUAGCACUGGAAGUUGCGCAGUCCACAGCUCUCUGGCCGGCCUGCGGUUUUAUAUGACUGGGGUGAAUGGCGUGGGUACCUGCUUCAUGGUAGGUGUGAAUUGGGGCGGUGAAGUGCAAGACGCGAGGGCUUUCCUGCGGGUGCCGUGGGUGGACUGGAAUGCCAUUGCAUGGGGCCAUCACUGGGUGGACUUGGGAAGGCGGGGUAAGUUACACGGUCAAACCAUGACUCCGCUGAACAAAGCGCAGACAAUGACGAUGACUUGAUGAGCUGCAAGGAGCGCGCGCUUGCCCAUGGUGCUGUGGGCGGGAAUGCUAUUGCAAGGCAUCAAGGGGUUUGUUUGUGGACAUCAGUUCCAGCCAGUUCUUUCAUUCGUAGAUUGUGUGAGUUGAGGCAACGGCUCUUGUGGACACGAUGCGGAUUUGCAUCGUAGGGCGGCGCAAGUAAUGCAGACGGUAGAUGGUGCAUCAUAGCGGACAAGUGACAAAAAUUGGACAGCGUAGUUGCUGAAGCGUAAAUGUCUCUGUAAGGGAUGGUUCUGGGUCCUGUCCCAUGUAGAAUCCGUGUCCUGAUUCUCUUCUGGUGUGAUGCCAUGCACGUCGCACGUGUCACCUGCGCCUGUUAAUGGUGUGGUGGGCCGGGUCACGAAGUCGGAUGUCCACGGAUGCAUCUGGGAGAGGACCAGGCGAACGUCAUGCCCUGCAAUCGAGCUGUCUCGUUGAAGCCUACUUGAACUUGCACAUCAGCAGAGGCUAAUUAGGGAUGCGCGAGAAACGUCCUACUAACCAGGCGAACUUUCAAAUUCUCUAUGAGCUCGGCCUUUCACCUGCCCCGUUGCAAUUGCCCGAGGAUUCUCACUUGCUGUAAGGCUUGUAAUAAAUGCGUGUCCCAGUGGGACCUUUUGACAUGUCAGAUAGUUUGCUCG